UUGCAGAUUCCUGACACAAUGAAUGAGUCUGAGGCAAAUUCGAGCUUUGCUUUUGUGAAAGAAUUUAUUCUCCAAGGCUUCUCUUGUGAGUGGAAAAUUCAGGUCCUCCUCUUCUCACUCUUCACUACAACGUAUAGUUUCACCCUAACAGGAAAUGGAGCCAUUGUAUGUGCCCUUUUGCAUGACCAGCGACUCCACACCCCCAUGUACAUGUUCCUGGGGAAUUUCUCCUUUCUAGAGAUCUGGUAUGUCUCCUCUACAGUCCCAAAAAUGUUGGUUAACUUCCUAUCAGAGAAAAAAAACAUCUCCUUUGUUGGGUGCUUCCUUCAAUUCUAUUUCUUUUUCUCUUUGGGUACAUCUGAAUGUUUCCUUUUAAGUGUCAUGGCUUUUGAUCGGUACCUGGCUAUCUGCCAUCCCUUGCACUACCCUAAUAUUAUGACAGGGAAUUCUUGUAUCAAACUGGUCAUUAUCUGCUGGGUUUGUGGGUUUCUGUGGUUCUCAAUCCCAAUUGUUCUCAUGUCUCAAAUGCCCUUCUGUGGUCCAUAUGUUAUUGACCAUGUUGUGUGUGAUCCAGGGCCACUCUUUGCAUUGGCUUGUUCCUCUGCCCCAAGGACUCAAUUGCUUUGCUACACUCUAAGCUCCUUAGUUAUCUUUGGUAACAUCUCUUUUAUUCUUGGCUCCUAUACGCUUGUCCUAAUAGCUGUAAUGCGUAUGCCUUCAGCCACUGGGAGACAUAAAGCCUUCUCCACCUGUGGGUCCCAUUUGGCUGUGGUAUCACUGUUCUAUGGUUCUCUGAUGGUCAUGUAUGUGAGCCCAGGCCUUGGGCACUCUUCUGGGAUGCAGAAAGUUGCAACUUUGUUCUAUGCUAUGGUGACUCCUCUUUUCAACCCUCUCAUCUACAGCCUAAGAAAUAAGGAGAUAAAGGCAGCCCUGAGGAAAAUCGUAGGGAGUCUCAACAUUGCCUGA